CACAUCACUGUCAUCAAGUUGGUCGACAAGCCAGUCAAGAAGUUGGUCACUGGCUGGUAAAAACAGACAAAAGAAGUCUGGACACGUUUCUCCACCAAAAAGAUAUGGGGUGGCAUGCGUUAAUCAUUCCCCAGAAUAUGUUUUGCCAUGGAUGAAACCAAGCUACUCGUCUAGCCACAGCUCAUUGACCUCUCCAAAAAACAACGGGUCUCCAGCCAAGAAAAGAAAAGUAAAAAAGGGAAGAGCUGUCAGCCGUUCAUCAGCAAGCAGCACCCUGAGUAGAAGUGGAUCAAAGACAAGAGCUCCUAGGAAAUCAGCUCCACGACAACGAACUCCUGGAUACAAAUGCUCAAAGCUGCAUAGGGGUGGCUGCCCUUUGUCAUCUGACAGUGAAACACAGAGCAACAGCCGGAUAUCUUCUCCAUCCAUUCCAUCGGCUGGAAUUCACAAAUGUUCAUCUUCCACUGCCACAUCUCCUCCCCAGAAGAGUUAUAGAAUUUCAUCCAAACCUGACUGCCACUACAAUACAAGCCCAUGUGACCUUAUUUCACAAGGUUCUUUAUUAGCUGACUCUAAAAGACUUGUUAAUAAAUCCAUUUUGAAGUCAGGUCGGUAUAGAGAAGAUGUCCACUCAUCUUUACACAGGCAGUCUUCUACGCAGGACACAACUCUCAGUGACUCCUCAGUAACACCAAACUAUAGGACCUCAAAAAAACUCAGAAAAUCAGCCAGGCUCAAAAGUGGUAGUGGCAGAGCCAAAUUAUCG